AUGGAGGAAGGCACAGCCCCGCUCCCCCCGGGAUGUCCGGCCGGGGCCGGGCGGGUCCCGGAUCGGGUUCCAGCGCGGGCGGGUCCCGGCGCGGGGCGGGGCGGGUCAGCCCCGUCCCGGCCCCAUCCCCGCGGGACGGGCACGGCGCUGCCCGGGGCCCGGGACAGCGAGCAGCGCCCCUCCGGCACGGCGGGACCCACCGGCCCGGCAGCCCGGAAUGCGGGGACCGCAGCCCAGCCUGCAGCAGAGGAGACAAACACGGGACGCGGAGAAACUCCCCCCGAAACUCCCUUCAUCCUCAUUAGCAACCGGGGGAUGAACCUCGCCAGCCCCGCAGCCCCGCGCCGUGGGCCCCACUCUGCGGGGAACGCCACAGGGAGACCUGGAAAGCACAAAGAACUUGCUGACAAGAGCAGCGGCGGUGCCCACGCUGCCACUGCCACUGCUGGGGCCACCGGCGUGGGUGGCAGGAACCGGGCGCUGGGUACGACACCACGAGCAGCUCCUACAGUGGCUGGCACUGGCCAGGAUGGGCAGGAGAGGAGGAGAACAGCUCCUGGAGCAGAUGGCACUGGCCAGGAUGGGCAGGAGCGGCCCCAUCCCCGGCCCGCCUCCCGCUCCGCUGGCCCGGGGCUCCCGCGCCCGCCCGGGAUGAGCGGGCUGCGGCGGCUGUUCCGCGGCAGCGGGCGGGCCCUGGCCUUCGUGUUCGCCGCCUCGGUGGCCUGGGUGCUGCUCGACAUGGCCGCGCUCCGCCUCUCGCUCGGCGAGGCGAGCGGGCGGCUGCUGCGGGAGGCGGCGGGGGAUGACGGGCAGGAGCAGAGGAGAGCAGCUCCUACAGUGACUGGCACUGGCCAGGAUGGGCAGGAGCAGAGGGAAACAGCUCCUGGAGUGGCUGGGACUGGCCAGGAUGGGCAGGAGCGGAGGAGAACAGCUCCUGGAGCGGCUGGGACUGGCCAGGAUGGGCAGGAGCGAGGGGGAGCAGCUCCUACAGCUGCUGGGACUGGCCAGGAUGGGCAGGAACAAGCAGGGGGCAGCCCGGGAAUGCACAGAGUCCUGUCCAUGGAUGCAACGCUCGCCCCAAGAGACCCCCGAGCUCCCGGCCAGUUUGGACACCCUGUUGUUGUCCCUGAUGAUAAACAAGAAGAAGCGAAAAGCAGAUGGAAAGAAGGAAACUUUAAUGUCUACCUCAGCGAUCUGAUCCCUGUGGAUCGAGCCAUCGCAGACACCAGGCCUGCCGGGUGCUCUGAGCAGCAGGUGCACGACGACCUGCCGAGCACCAGCAUCAUCAUGUGCUUUGUGGACGAGGUGUGGUCCGCCCUGCUGCGCUCCGUGCACAGCGUGCUCGGCCGCUCGCCCCCGCACCUCGUCGAGGAGAUCAUCCUGGUGGACGACUUCAGCACCAAGGAGUACCUGAAGGAGCAGCUGGACGAGUACAUGUCGCGCUUCCCCAAGGUGAAGAUCCUGCGCCUCCGGGAGAGGCACGGGCUGAUCCGGGCCAGGCUGGCGGGAGCUGAGGUCGCCAGAGGCGCCGUGCUGACCUUCCUGGACUCGCACGUGGAGUGCAACGUGGGCUGGCUGGAGCCGCUGCUGCAGCGCGUGCGCCUGCGCCGCACCAAGGUGGCCUGCCCCGUCAUCGAGGUCAUCAGCGACAAGGACAUGAGUUACAUGACCGUGGACAACUUCCAGCGUGGGAUUUUUACUUGGCCAAUGAAUUUUGGAUGGAGGCAGAUUCCACAAGAGGUCAUUGAGAAAAAUAAGAUCAAGGAAACUGAUAUAAUAAGGUGCCCCGUCAUGGCAGGCGGCCUGUUCUCCAUCGAUAAGAAGUAUUUUUCUGAGUUGGGAAUGUACGACCCAGGACUGGAUGUUUGGGGAGGGGAAAAUAUGGAGCUUUCAUUCAAGGUCUGGAUGUGCGGAGGAGAGAUCGAGAUAGUUCCGUGCUCCAGAGUCGGGCACGUUUUCAGGAAUGACAAUCCUUAUUCCUUCCCCAAAGACCGUGUGAGGACGGUGGAGAGGAACCUGGCCCGCGUGGCAGAGGUGUGGCUGGACGAGUACAAGGAGCUGUUCUACGGCCAUGCCUAUCACCUGCUGCACAGCGCCGUGGAUGUCGGCGACCUGAGCCAGCAGAUCCGGCUGCGGGAGCAGCUCCGCUGCAAAAGCUUCCACUGGUACCUGGAGAACGUGUACCCGGACCUGGAAGCUCCACUGGUUAAAGCCAGCGGGCUGCUCGUUAACGUGGCCCUGGCGGGGUGCAUCGCUGUGGAAGGCACCAGCCUGGCGUUUGAGGAGUGUGACGUUAACAGCACGCACCAGAAGUUCAACUACACCUGGCUGAGGCUGGUCCAGCACGGAGAGCUGUGCCUGGCCCCGGCUGGCGUCGUGGGAGCCGUGGGCCUGCGCCGCUGCCAGGGCAGGAGCCGCAGCCUGGCCUGGCUCCACAGGUCGCUGGCCACCGUCCAGCCGGGGCUGACCCACCACCUGGUCUCGGAGCACGGGCAGCUCCCGCAGCCGGCGUGCCUGGAGGUGGAUCCCUCGUACAGAGCGCUGCGGGUGAAGGGCUGUGACCCCAGGAACCCCCACCAGAAGUGGCAGUUCAGCAGGUACCACGCGGACUGAGGGCAGCCCGCUGCACCACGACUGCCACGGUGUCACCGCGGGCUCGGGGGACAUCGGCGCGGCUGACCAAGGGGGAACUGGAAUGUGUGAUGUGAUACCUGCACGUGGAGGGAUCCAAACACCCAGAGCCUGAACACA